AUGGCAGAGCACAAUCCAUUCCUACUGGCUGCGAACACACCAGACCUUGAUGCACGUCUUCUUCCACUGCUUCGGUCAAAACCAGAGUUAGCGUCCGCUCAGGAUUCUUACGGGUACAGCUUGUUGCACGCGGCAGCGUCUUACAAUCACAUUGAUCUGUUACGCGCACUGGUGAAUGAGUUUCAUGUCGACGUGAACCUACGAGAUGAGGACGACGAAACAUGCUUGUUUGUGGCCGAGAGUGUCGAGGUCGCAAGAUGUCUUGUUGAGGAACUGAAUGUGGACACUGCAGCACAGAACGAAGACGGACAGACCGCAAGGGAAAAGAUAGAAUCAGAAGAUGAUUAUCCAGAAGUGGCAGCAUAUCUUAGUCAAGGCAGUUCAGCAAUAAGGGAGGUCUCUCAGAACGCUCAUCCACCACCACUACCCCCAAAUGUGAGGCUCAACAUAGGAAGUCAAAUACCGGAGGAGGAAGCAAAUGCACAGGAGCCAGACCCGGAAUUUCGGAGAAGAAUAGAGGAGUUGGCCUCCAGAGAAAACUUCCACACCGAGGAAGGUCAGCGGGAGCUGCGGGACUUGAUUACUGAUGCUGUGAGGGAUGUCAGUAACGAUGGGCAGGCAAGCCAGAGAAGAAGGGUAGGUUGA